AUGGGAGGAAGUGAGAACUCAGUUUACACCAUCGUCUUACUUGGAAAGACGGGCAAUGGGAAAAGCUCGACCGGGAACAGUUUACUCGGGAAAAGGGCAUUUAAGUCCAAUGCUAACUUUGGUGGCGGCACCACCGCUUGUGAGCUACAAACUGCCGAGCUCGAAAGCGGGCUGAUUCUUAAUAUCAUCGACACUCCCGGGCUGUGUGAUAUUUCGGGUGGAGAUGAGAAAUUCGUGAAGGAAGUAGUGAAAUGCAUUGAUAUGGCGAAAAACCGUAUCAAUGCUGUUGUUUUGGUCCUCUCGGCAAGGUUCCGUUUUUCGCAAGAAGAAAAAUAUGCUAUUUGGAGCUUGUUCGAAAUAUUCGGUGGCAAAAUUACCGAUUACAUGAUUUUACUUUUUACCGGUGGUGAUGACCUGGCUGAGAAUGAAGAGACUCUCGAUGAUUACUUGGGUCGCGAUUGUCCCGAGCCCUUGAAGAUUGAGUCGACAAAUAUGAGUGAGGUGACUCGUAAGCUCGAGCAGCAAGUGGCCGAGGAACGUGAGGCUCGGCUCAGGGCAGAGGUUGCAGCUAAAGAUGCUUACAAGCGGUCGACUGAAGAAUUUCGCGAGAUGAGUUAUGCUUUGGAGAUGGCUAAUAAACGGCUUGAAAAGCUUAGAACAGAAACCAGAAAAAUCAACACCUGCCCUAUUUUGUAA